GCAGACGCAAGAAACCGCAAACUCACAUCAACGAGCAGACACCAUGAUGAUGUGUGAUGACAAACCAACAGCCGAAUUCACAGUCAGCAAAGCCACCACACCACUGCCCGCACACCACAGCGCGCCCACGCACACCCCGCCAAACUGCAAACACAAACAAACAAACAAACAAACAGCAACACCACCAUAACCAGCAACGACCAUUUACUUUUCGUUCACAUGAGCUCGACCGACUCGCUUCAAUGCAAACCCAGCAAGCUCCCCGCUCCCGCCUCCCGCGCCCGCUCCCCACCUUCCCGCGCCCGCUACUCACCUCCCUUCCCCAGCCCUUUCAACCCAACAUGAACCCAGACACCAAGAGCACCAAGAGCACGGAGCUGUCAAUCGUCUCGACCGCAGGGUGGAUCGCUUUGAAGGCGGCCCUGGACGGCGAAAAUGUCGACUACAAGGUCGACCGCCUCCUGGAAAACGGAGCGGUGCACAUUGUCUUUGAGUCGGAAGCAGCCGCGCUCAAGGCACACGCCGUCCUCAGCCGCGGCUGCACAACGCGCUUCCAUGCGUCGCCACGGCUCAAGGCACUCGUGCUCCGAGGCAGCAGCGCCGACCCUGCACUGCCACCACAAGCACCUCUACCCACACAAGCAACGCAAGCAACGCACGCAACAACGCGUUCGCGAACGCGCCUCCGCCGCCGCUCCCUAAGCGACCCCGCACGCCCGACCUGGUUGGAUUCUCAGCACACGCAGAGUCAGCAGCAAGUUGAUCAUCCCACACCACAACAGCAUCCGCCACAGCAUGGCGACUUCGACAUGUCCCACGCCACUUGCCUGCUGCAGCAGUCGUUUGACCUGCACGGCACCCGACGCACGCAGCAAACGCAGCGGUUGACACAACAAUGGGGUGAUCGUUUUGAUGGACGCCACCCCAGCGCUGCCUUUGGCCCGCGCCAACCACCGCACCCACAGUCGUGGUCGUGGGGCAAUGCAGGCCCACACAACGCACCACCAUCUGAGCGGGAGCCACAAGCGAGCGGCCCCAAUGGCCACAUGCCCCAGCCGCUUGCACGUUACCCACAACCACCACCACAACCAACACAGCAAGCCCCUCCUUGCAACGCACCAUACGCCUUGUGUGCAAGCAACAUUCCACCCUCCAACUACGACGCCUUCAUGGCCAGCAUGCGCCAAGCAGGCGCCUGUUGCGUCGAGCACAUUGUCACCAACACCAUGACCGGCUACUGUUCGGCAACUGUCAGGUUUCCCACCAAGGAGCUCGCAAGCCACGCGUUGCAGAACUUUGGCGCAUAUUUCCGCAGCACCGCCUGUGGCUCCCACGCGACACCGCGGCUGAACCCCAACGAAGCCUUCCAGGUGCACAUCAAGAACCUUCCCGCCUGCUGCCAAGCAGAGCUCAGCGCUCGCGUCAACAACCUAAACGGCGUCAUCAUGUGUCCGCCGGCCCCGGAAGUCACCUACGCUGCCACGGCAGGCUUCCACACCCACACUGACGCAUGCCAAGCAGUGGCCGCAUUUAACACCACUCACCUCGGUGGCAGACACCUCGAAGCAGAACCAAACCACCUCGAGGGUCGAUUCGUCCACAUGGACGAGGCAGCAGAGACUACCUUUGCCAGCUUCAGCGGGGUGACGAUAGAUUCGGGGGAAAUCAGCCGUGACUUAUUAGGAGGCGAUGAGGCAGGGGAGUAUGACUACUCGGACUAG